AUGACAGAACCAACAGUUUCUAAUACACCAUUAGAUUCGAAUAGAUUCGGUAUGUCAUCCACAACUACUUCUCAACCUCCACCAUUAGCACUUCAAUCCAAUAACAGCAACAUCAUGAAUAAUAGUAAUAGCAAUAAUAAUAAUAACUAUAGUCAACAUGUUUCUAAUAAUUUCAUCCAACUUUCAGAACAACAACAAACAAAUUCGGGAAAUCAAAAUAUUGGGAUUCUCGAUAUUCUCAGUGGAGGUGGUGGAAAUCAACAGUUAAAAGGAAGUUCUAUUCCAUUCUCUUCUUCAAAUAAUAAUAAUCAAACAGUACCAAUUUCAUCAUCAAAUUCUAUUCGAAAUUUAAAUCCAUCUGCUAGAAAAUCCCUCCCUUCCACUUCUACUCUCUCUCCCUAUCACAUACAAUCGUCCAAUUUAAACGAUUCGUCCUUUUCACCUCGUUUCGCCAGACAAUUCUCUCAACCACCACUUUCCUUUGUAAAUGAACAAGAUGCCUCCAAUAUGAUGAUGGGAAAUAACGAAGAAUUAUCAGGUGGAGAAGAGGAAUUAGAAAUGACACCUCAACAAGCUAAAACUAACGACCAACAAAAUGGUCAACCAACUUCUUCUAAUGGUAGUGGAAAUAGUAGAAGAAUGAAUUAUGCAUGUACAGAAUGUAGAAAAGCACACAAAGCUUGUACUGGAGAAAGACCUUGUGAUAGAUGUAAAAAAUUGGGAAUGGAAGACAAGUGCAAGAGUACCAUUCGUAAAAAACGUAUUCUCACCAAGAGAUAUUGGGUUCAUUUCAUGUCCAACGAUGGCAGUAAUAAUACCAACUCAAUGAUGGAUGAUAGUAGUGCUGGGGAUCAAUCACCAGCAAGUAUUCAUCAGCAAGCUUUCUUUCCUAAUGUAGGUGCUGGUGGACCACAAAUGGGAAAUGCUAGAAAUGCCUCAAUGAAUUUCAAGAGACACUCUAGUGCUAAUUUACCAUCCUUCUCAUCUAUUAAGAGAUUGAAUCAAGGAUUGAGCGGAGGCAGUUCAAAUAGUAUGAGCUCAUUCCAAGGUAGUGAAAUAAUGUCAACAAGUGACGCUUCAAUGCUCAAUCCAAAUGAAUAUAAUAACAUGUACAGUGGUGAUCGUUCUCCAAGACAAGUUCCUCACUCUUACAAUUAUCAUCCCUAUAAGAGUCCACGUGGUCAGCAUCCAGAGCAAGUAAUGGAUCAAUCCUCUCCAAAUCAAACUCUUCAAAACAACAAUGGUAUGAAUCCAAAUAGUGGCUUUAGUCCUAGAAAUAGUUUUAAUAGAGCUGCCUCAUCAUCUCAAAUUCCAACUCCAUUGCAACAACAGCAACAAAAUGGGAGUUAUGGCUUCUCUGGAAAUGUUGCAUCAUUGGAUGCCUAUCGAUUGGAUGGAAAGAUACCAACUGGUAAUUCAAAUACCAAUUCUGUGGAAUCCUCUCCAAGAGAGAGUGGAGUUUUGAAUCAUUUGAAUAUGAGUACAUUUAACAAUUCUAUUGGAUCUCAAUUGGAUCCACAAACUGUAAAUAGACAUUACAAUAGAGGAAGUAUGAGAAUUCAACCACUUUUCAAUCAGCAUACCAAAUCCUUGUCAGAUACCAACUUGUUACCAUCACCUUCCAUGUUAUUGGAUCAUCAACGACAACAAUCCAUGUUUAAUUUCCCAUCUCAUCAACAAACCAAUAAUACUAAUGGUAAUAUUAAUAAUAACAGCAUGGCAAUGGAUGAAUUUUCAAAUGGUAAUAAUCAGAAUAGUCAUCAACAUCAUAAUUUACACAUUCCUCCAAUCAUGCUUGAAAAGAAUCCAAAUAUUCCACAAUUUACCAUUCAACCAUCUCCAAAUCACUCAAACAAUUCCAAUUCCAAUACACCAAGAAGUGGCAUAUUCUUUGAAAACUCUCCUCGAAGUGGCAAUAAUAUGGGAAGUGGUGAAUACUAUUACUCUCCUCGAAGUGAAGUGGACUACUCUUCCGACAUGUCCUCUCUCACUAACAGUCCACGUUUUGGAACUGGUGGAGGAGCUGAUUCCAACUCCAGCACUCCACGUAGUUUGAUAGGAAGUAUGAAUACCAUGUCCAUCAAUGAUUCCUCACCUCUCGCUCAACAAUUAUCUGCUCAGCAGCAAUAUCCACCUGGAUAUAGAGGAAGCUUACAUUAUGACUCUCCCUCAUUGAUGGUUCCUGGUAAUAGAAAGUCAGUGGCUGGAUACUUGAAUCAGGCAGGUAAUAGAUUUAGUUUGGGGUCGGCUUACCAUGGAUCUGCCUAUGUACAACAGCAGCAGCAACAGCAAUCGAAUGGUCUCUCACUUCCAAAUUCUACUUCUCCCUCCACAUCCACAACAACAUACACCAAUCAUCCAGGAAAUAGGUAUAGUUUAGGACCUAAUCAGGAUUUAUAUCAAUACUCUACGAGGUCUAACAAUUUUAGAAAAUAA